AUUCUGCUAUCAUCAUUGUAUCACUUAAAGAAAAUUUAUUUUUUGGCAUUGCGGUUAACAAAAUAUGUUUCUUAAAUAAUUAUCCUACUUUUCAAAAUACUAUGGAGUAUUAUGAACUAUGCAAAUUAGAUAAAACUAUACCUUUGAAAAAACAGAAUCCAUUCACUCCUAAACAUCCAUUUAGACUACUAGUUGCGGGCACUUCUGAAUCUGGAAAGACAAGCAUGGUAGUACAUCUGCUCCUAGGAAGCAAAUAUCCAAAAAUAUAUCCAUGGAUGUCUGGUGAAAAACGUGGUCAUAAAGUACCAAAAGGCGGGAGCAAAAUUUUUGGUGAAAGGUAUAUUCCAUGUGAUGAUCUAAUUGUUGUUGCGCAACACCAAGAUGAAAAGUUAUGGGAAGCAGUACAAUGUUUUUAUGAGUUUAUAGCCAUGGAUAAGCAAGCUCCAUGGUAUGAAAAUGUGAGAUUCAAGCUGAUUGCGCCUGAAAAACUACCUGAUAUUUCAUCUUUCAAAAGAACUGGCCAAUUUACUGUUAUAGUCUUUGAUGAUCUUGCUGGCGAACCUCUUGCAACUCAACUAAAAGUCGUUCCUUUCUUUAGGUCAGGCAGACAUGAUGGAAUUAGCUCAAUUUAUAUUGUCUAA